AUGUGGCGCGGUUUGUGUUGGCUGUGUAGAGAUUGGGGGGGGGAGGGGGCCUGCAGAGAGUCGGGGGUUGUGUUGGCUGCAGAGGGGGGCAGGGGGGAGGAGGAGGGCGACAGAGAAGGGGCGUGGGCGGGCGCGGGGGGUUACAAUAAGGUUCAGCUGCGUGGGUGUGGUUUAGCGCUGCGCGCGGGGGAAGGGGGGUACUAUUUCGCGUUGGUACGUGGUGGGGGCUUGCAGUUGGGGGCAGGGCGCGGCACAGAUGGGUCGCCACGGGAGUGGGGUCCCGCGCGGCGGGGGAGGGGGCCGCUUUGCCAAGAGAUGGGUCAUGCGCGGGGGGUCGCUGCAGAGAAUGGGUUUGCGCGGGAUGUUGGGGUUUGUCUCUGCAGAGAUGGGUCGCGCCGGGGGAAGGGGGUUGGCCGUGGUCUCUGCGGAUGGGUUCGCAGGGGGGGGAAAAGGGGGGGGGGCUCUCCAGAGAUGAUCGCAAUGGUGCGCGGGUGUGUCGGUGGGUGGGGGGCUGGCAGAAAUGGGUCCAUGGGCGGGCGGGGCGGGGGGGCGGGCCGGGGCGGGCCGCUGCAGAGAAUGGUGUCGCGCUGGGGUGCGGCGGGCGGGGGGCGAGCACAGGAUAGUCGCGCGCUGGGAGGGGGGAGUGGGUGGCGCUGCAGUGGGGCGACGGCAAGGAAGGGGCACAAUGGCGCGCCGCAGGUCCGGUGGGUCCGCCACGGACUAAUUUGCGCGCGCGCGGUGCGGAGACCCCCGGUGGGGGGGCGGGCGCUGUCAAAGAUGGGUCGCGCGGCGGGGUGCUGUAGAGAUGCGGUAGCGGGUACGCCCAGCUGCGAAGCGUGGUGUGCGGAGUCAGCGCCUCCGUAG